AUGUCGAGCAUCACCCUCCAAACAUACGCUUCUCGAGCGGCGAAGCAGCCCAACCCGGCCGCCAAAGCUCUGCUGGAAUGCAUCGAGCGCAAACAGACCAACCUGUGCGUCUCCGUCGACGUGACGAACAAGCAGGACUUGCUCGACGUCUGCGAUGCCGUCGGACCCAACGUUUGCCUCGUCAAGACUCACAUUGAUAUCGUCGAGGAUUUCGAUAUGGAUCUGGUGCACCAAUUGACAAAGCUCAGCGAAAAGCAUGAUUUCUUGAUCUUCGAAGACCGAAAGUUUGCAGACAUUGGCAAUACUGCAAGCCUCCAAUAUUCGGCGGGAGUACACAAAAUCGCCUCGUGGUCACACAUUACCAACGCACACCUCGUUCCCGGCCCCAGCGUCAUCUCCGGACUCGCCAAAGUGGGACAGCCGCUCGGUCGCGGUCUCCUACUGCUAGCAGAGAUGAGCUCAGCAGGUGCACUCACAAAGGGAUCCUACACGCAGGCCUGCGUCGACGAGGCAAAGAGGGACACCAGCGGUUUCGUGUGCGGCUUCAUCGCCAUGUCUCGUGUAGACGAGAAAGAAGGGCCCAACACCGAACGCGAUCUGCUCAUCCUGACGCCCGGCGUUGGGUUGGAUGUCAAGGGUGAUUCUUUGGGUCAGCAGUACAGGACGCCCGACCAGGUGAUCAGGGAGAGCGGUUGCGACGUCAUCAUUGUCGGAAGGGGCAUUUAUGGCAGUCUGAUGACCGAGGAGGGUAAGAAGGACAAGAAGGCGGCGUUCGACAAGAGCCGGUAUCAACUGUGGAUUUCGUGCUCGGUGUGCAGGUUGCAGCUGUGUGAUUCUGAUGAGCAGUGCAGACGGCAGAGCAGUGUUGAUGUAGCUGAAGACUAA